AUGGAUCAAGGAUUGCUAAAUGUAAUUGAGAUGUGUAAAGACGACCCUGAGCUAAAAACUCUUGCCGAUGACCAUCCUUUGCUAUUAAAUGCUUUAAAAGGCCUUGAAUUGACUGAAGACGAAAUUUUUGGAAUUUUGACUGCGGUUGAAAAUGAGGUAAAAAAUAAGCAGAAUUAUCAAUUGACAAAAAAUUUUGAAAAUGCGGAUAUAAGGACGAUUACAAGUUUUGCUAAUAUUGAGUGCCAAACUGAAGAGAAUUGGGUGAAUUCUUGCCAAUUUCAAAUGAAAUUAGAAGAUUAUAGAGCAACGAUAGUGAAUUCAAUAGAAUUUCAAAUCAAACUUGAAGAGAAAAUAAAAGAAGUCGCAACAAAUUUUCAGUCACUUUAUGGGCUAAUAGAAAAUAUAGGAUUUGCCCUAGGAUGGCGCUAUAUGGCGCCAUCCUAGGGCAAGCGAAAAUUGGCUCCACACGGGAACCGUAUUCCACGUGUGGAGCCAUUUUUCCACGUGUGGAAUCCACAUUUUUCCACGUGUGGAAUCCACAUUUUCCCACGUGGAAAAAUGGCUCCACACGUGGAACACAAUUCCCGUGUGGAGCCGUGUCUCCAAUUGCCCGAGGAUGGCGCAAUAUAGCGCCAUCCUCGGGCAAUUUCUAUAGGUCACUCAGCUGCGUAAAUGAGAUAAGCAAAGAAUUAAGCUAUUGCAAAGAAAAAUUAAAAAAAUCUGAAGAGGAGUGCUUUCAGCUUAAAGAAAAACUAGAUUUUAUUUGCACUGAAAGAAGUGUCAUUGAACAAACUGAAGCCAAUAAAAAAUCUGCUAAUUUAAUAGUAAAACUUAAAAAAAGUGAAGAAGCUUUACAAGAAGCAAUAAAGGAAAGAAAUUUGUGAAAAGCGAAGGCUCAAGAAAGGAUCAAUUUAGCACGAAAUAAUUCUGCUUUAAAGCUAAAAAACCAAGAAUUAGAAGAGCAAAACACUAUUUUAUUGAAAGAAAUGGAAGAAUACAAAGAAUGAGAAAAUUGCCAAGAAAAAAUAGAUUUUAAAAAAAUCAGCACAAGGUUAAUAAAAAUCAUAGGGACUAGGAUUCAGAAAAGGCUUAAAAGCUAUGCAAUUUCUAAGCUGAAAAUUGAAAAUAAACAAGAAAAAUCACUUUCAGAACAAAAUAUUAACUUAAUGAAUUUAAAUGAAAAAAAUGAGCUUCAAGCUUAUUUUUUGUCAAAAAUUUAUUCUCAGCUAUGCCUUGCUAUUUCUAAUGCGAAUUUGCAAAGACCUUUUGAGCUAGACUUAGCAAAUACCAAGCUGACAUCUGCCAAUUUUGACGAACUUUUACAAUCCUUAAGUAACAAUUGUUUUGUAGCUGAGCUAAAUUUAGCAGAAAAUUCAUUAGGGGACGAAAAUGCAUUAAAAUUAUCUGAAUGGCUCAAAAAAGAUGAUUUUCUCAGAUGCUUAAUGCUAACUCCCCCCCCUCCGUGAGUGAACAAAACCAUUAGAAAAAUCGCUAUUUUUUGCCCAAAAACCCACCCUCCGUGAGUGAACAAAAAUUUUUUUAAUAGAAAAAAAUUUUAUGGAAAACAAUUUUGAUAUAACGAUGACCCCCCCUCAAUCUUCAUGUCUAUUGCAACAAAAAUGCAAUUUUUUAAUAUAAAAUUUAUAUAUAAAAAAAAAUAAUAAUUUUCAUGUCUCUUGCAACAAACUAUAUACUAUACAUUAAAAUGGCGACACGUGUCAGCCUGCUCUCUUGGCGCAGCAGUCCAGACCUUAUGGCUACGGCCAACUGGGACGGGAUCUGAGCCUAGAAUCAGACGCAGGCUCAAGAAGUGUGCAUCCGGGUAGGUUUUGGCUGCUUUCCUGUGUGACUAGAAAUGGAGGUGCUCAACAACGUCCUUUGGAUCCGAGGACCCAUGGGCAUUCCUCUACCGAGAAACUGGGGUUUCGGCCCCAGGCCACAGGGGAACAGUCUUUUUCCUGUAGCUGUCGAAGGAAGGCACUUUGACACCCGAUAGACUCCAAGGAGCUGAUCCUUGGAAUCAAGCAACUCCAAUCGCCCGUAGCAGGGCCGCAGAAAUCCAUAAGUCGCCCACUCAAGACUGAAGCCGCAAGGAGGAGACAGAAGGUACCGGAAGGGCACUCGUAAGAGGGAUAGAUUCUCUGGGCUGGACUCGAAAAGCGGUAGAACCUUCCGUACGGGAGGUCUUUGGUGACUGCGUCAUCAAUAUGGCUAUACGCCCUUCCUAUAGAUGGCGCAUUGCGCGCCAUCUAUAGGAAGGGCGUAUAGCGCCUGUCUGUAAUAAUCCUAAUUCUAAUCCUCUUGCAACAAAAAUUUCGAUGCGCAUCUUAAAUUUUUCCGUACUUUUUAGCUAGAUAAGUUUAAUAAAAUUGCGAGCGAUGGCAAUAGCCGUCCAAAUCUCGAUGAGAAGGUCAUUGACACGCAUACAGUAGCGCUGCUUUAUGAUUUUUUUUAGAAAACUCGCCUAGAGAAAAUGCAUUAAUUUUUUUAUAUAAAAAUGUGUUGCAGUAGGCAUGAAGAUUUUUUCUAAAAAUUUUUGUUGCAAUAGGCAUGAAGAUUGAGGGGGGGUCAUCGUUAUAAAGUGAUAAUUAGUAUAAUGAAAUCUAGAGCUAAUUCUGUUUAAUUUUAAACAAAUUGCUUUUUACAACAUAAAUUUUAUAAAUUUAAUUAAUAUUUGCUUUCCAGUUUUUGCGAAUUAGGAUUUUUUUAAAUUUCGAAAAAAAAUAUUUUCUAAGAAAAUUUACAUAUAAAUUUUUUUUAAAAAAAAAAAAAAUAGCCCCCUCUGUGAGUAAACAAAAUUUUUUUUGUUCACUCACGAGGAGGGAGUAAGAAACAACAAUUUUUCAGCAGAAUCUACAGGAGAAAUAGUAGACGCUAUUUCAGUCCAAGGGCAACUCAAUAUGAUAGAUCUCAGUGAAAAUAAAAUUAAUUUACAAACUCUCAUAAAUUUAUCUACCUGUUCAACGUCAAUAAGUGACAUUAUUGUCGAAAAUUGCAAUUUAUCAGGAGAAGACAUGAAAUCUUUACUUGAAACACUUAAAGAUUCUCAGUUAAAUGGACUAUUUAUAUCAUAUAAUCCGAUACAGAAAAACAGCUUGAGAAGCAUUAUUCAGUUAUUAUCUAAGACUGGGCUCAAAAAUUUAGGACUAUCUGGGCUUCAGUUUGACGAAAAUCAUGUAGGGGAUUUAUGCAAUUUAAUUAGAACUCGGCCACAGAUGGAAAUUCUGCAUCUUGCCCACGUAAAAUUGACGAAUCAAGGACUUACAAGAAUUAUGGAAUGUUUAUGCCAACAAGAAAAUUUGCGCGAAUUAGACUUGACUGGGACUGAUGCUUUGAUAUCUGACGUCUGCGCGAUAUUAGACUCUUGUGUUGGGUUAAAAACAAUUGUGCUGAGAGAAAUGAAGGUUUCGCAUAAAGAUUAUUGUCUUUUAGCAGAUGCAAUACAAAGGUCGCCACAAUUAGAAGUAUGUUUAUUAGAUAAUUAA